AUAAUGAGAACCUUGAUAAAAGGAAGAAACGAGGUAAAGGAAAAAACAAUAAGGUGAAAAAUCAUGUGAAAAAGAAUGUUAUAUCUACGCCCGUUAUUAUUGACGACGAUGAGUAUGUGGAGUCUGAAGAGGUCUCAGAAAGACCUAAAAAACGUCCUCGUCGAUCAACCGCAAAGCAAAUAAAUUAUGUGGAAUUAUCUGAUGAUGAAAAUACUUAG